GUUAAAUGUCGUUUUGUGAAAAAGUUCGGCCAUUAUCUAGAACAUUAUCCACAAAACUUACACAAUUUACCUGCAAUUACACAAAACUGUUUGUAAAAUUGUGUUUAUUGUGUAAAGUACAUUUAACGGCGCUCACUUUACACACAACAAUCGAAAUGUGUUGACGAACAGGUAGAAUAAAUUGUUGAGUAAAAAAAACUGUAUGGUCGAAGGCAUAAAAUGUAAAUAAAUGCGUGAAAAAUUAAACGAAUAACAAAUCGUUCAGAUCAAACAUCAGUAUAGGAGAGCGGAGUGGUAUAAUAAAAAUCGAGUGAGGUUCACAUUGCGUGUUUCGUUAAUUUUUUUUUCCUCGAUUUCUCAUCUGUUUUAUUCGAUCAAGUUGCUAAAAAUUUAUUGGAACGAGUCAAGACACAAUAAAUCAGGACAACUGCACUAAAAAUACAUUUUGGAGUUGCGUGGAGUGGUUGUAAUAAAUAGAAUUUCCACGAAAAUAAAAUAAAAAUUUUUGGAAUAAAAUGAAUUCGAAGCAGGACAUAAACAGACGAGUAUUCGCAAUUCAAGCGAAAAAGAAACGCCAUAAGGCCAACAAAAAGAAGGGAAAAGGUCAAAACAUAGCAAACAACAGCAAUACAACCGUGACAACAGAAAACAUAAACGAUAUUACGGACUCGAAUAUCGAUAACUUCACAGCACCAACACCCGUGCGGCAGAACGCCACCAGUGGCGACAGCCCCAGCCGUAUUGCAUUACCAAUUGUAAAUCGUGAUGCAGCCAUUACAUCUCCGCAAGAUGUUAAAAGUCUAGGUCCUUCGAAUAGCUCUUCCAAUGAAACAAUCGGCGACCACGAUGAUGCAUACACCAGCGAAGAAGAAGAACAAGAGAAUCGGGAGGACUAUUGUAAAGGUGGCUAUCAUCCAGUCAAAAUCGGUGAUCUGUUCCUGAAUCGUUAUCAUGUUACGCGAAAAUUGGGUUGGGGUCAUUUUUCAACCGUGUGGCUAUGCUGGGACCUGGAGGAUAAACGUUAUGUUGCAUUGAAAAUCGUUAAGUCAGCGCCACAUUUUACUGAGACUGCUAAAGAUGAGAUUAAAAUUUUGAAAGCGGUUCGUGAUGGUGAUCCAGCUAAUCCGAAGCGAAACAAAACCGUUCAACUGCUGAAUGACUUCAAAAUUACGGGUGUGAACGGUGUGCACAUUUGUAUGGUGUUCGAAGUACUCGGUCACAAUUUGCUGAAAUUAAUUCUGAAAUCAAAUUAUCGUGGCAUACCGCUGUCCAAUGUUAGAUCGAUUACACGACAGGUGCUCGAAGGUUUAGACUAUUUGCAUACAGAAUGUCAAAUCAUUCAUACAGACAUCAAGCCUGAGAAUGUACUGAUUUGCGUCGACGAUUUGUACAUUCGGAAGUUGGCAUGUGAAGCGACGGAAUUACAUGCAAUGGGAUUGAAGCUGCCAUAUUCGUUGAUUAGUACAGCACCGAAAGAAUUUCAGGAACAACCAAUCACCGGCAAAUUGUCCAAGAACCAGAAGAAGAAAAUGAAAAAGAAGGCGAAACGGCAAACGGAAUUGAUUAAAAAGCAACUCGAACACAUCCAGCAGUUGGACGCAAUUCCCGAUAAAGUGGCGGCGGACAAAGGCGAUGAAUCGCCGAGAAACGGUAGCGUCGAUGUGGACCAGCAAAAUAAUGACGACGGCGAUGCUGACGAUAAUACUCCAGAUGGUCCUCCGAGCAAUGAAAUGUCGCCGAGUGGAAAUGAAAUCGUAAAUGGAACUCAAAAGUCUGAGUCCACCGAUGGAGACAUCGAUGAAGCCAGCGAAUUGAUCCACAAAGACAAAGAGAACAACACCACGUCCGACGAGAAAUUGUCGCCGAAUAGCAAUGAAUCCGAUCCAAACGAAUCGAACAAUUUGGACUCGGAAGAGAAUUCGAAUACGGCAAACAGUAAAACCGACGACAACACCAAACAGCAACCGUAUAAGCUCAACGUACUACCAAAAGAUCCAGCAUUUGAAAUUUGUGACAUUGAAGUGAAAAUUGCUGAUCUGGGCAACGCAUGUUGGGUGCAAAAGCAUUUCACCGAAGACAUUCAGACGCGCCAGUACCGUUCGUUGGAGGUGAUUUUGGGCGCUGGCUAUAAUACGUCGGCCGACAUUUGGAGCACAGCUUGUAUGGCAUUUGAACUAGCCACCGGUGAUUACCUAUUCGAACCGCAUACCGGUGAGAAUUACAGUCGUGAUGAGGAUCAUAUAGCCCAUAUCAUUGAGCUGUUGGGACCAAUUCCGAAGAAGAUUAUUUUGUCGGGAACCAUGUCACAUAUUGUAUUUAACAAGAAGGGCGAACUGCGUCACAUAACCGGACUGAAACCGUGGGGUUUGGAGGAGGUGUUAGUGGAGAAGUACGAAUGGCGUUUCGACGAAGCGGCUGCAUUUGCUGAAUUUCUGCGACCGAUGCUUGAAUUCGAACCGGCAAGGCGUGCAACAGCGGCACAAUGUCUCGAGCAUCCAUGGUUGAAGCAGUAAGUUGGGAAAAAAGCAGACAACACAUCCAAUCCCCCAGUUAAAAACCACCACCCAAAACUAUUAGCGUCCCAUUUGUGUGAAUAUUAAAGCGUGUGUAAGAUCAUCCUAAAUAUACUUAAUUGAAACAAGUUGAUUUAAACGGAAAGAAAGAAAGAAAAUGAAUUUAUUGUUAAGCAAAUGGAGGAGGAAUGAACCACAGAAUGACAAUGUUUUUUGAAAGACUUUGAUUUCAUCUAUCGCAAUUCAUAUUAUAAUCAUAAAUCGCCUUAGUAAAUUCACCUCCGGAAACACAUUCACACACAUUAUAUAUACACACAAACCAACACCGACUUUCUACGACACAUUACAAACUGUAUUUUGACCACACACUCUCCUAAUAAAAAUUUAAUUUUAAAAAAUUGCAAAAAUAAAAAAUUAAGAAGAAUUCAACGCAACCAAAAGCAUGAGCAAAAAAAAGAAAUUGUAUUGCAAAUGAACAGUGAACGGUUUAGACUAUAUUUAAUAUGCAACACCGGCAAACACCAUACAGCAUAUUGAUAUGGAUUUUAGUAAAAA